GCUGCGCUGGCCAGUGUGCACCUCUGAGCUUCAUCCCAUGGUCUGAUACACGUCCUUCCUACAGCUCCUGGACUGCCCGAAGUUGUUUCCGCCAUGGCACUUCCACAAAUUGUACCUUUCCCAGCAAAACCUCUUCGUCAGCAAGUCGUUCCAAAAGAGUGGGAGCUGUAUCUGGACGCAUGGACAUCACUGGUUGAACUCUAUCUCCGCCUCCCAGACCAGCAAUUUGCAUCGGCUAUAUCGACGGAGGGAUCCUCUAUCGUCGAUUUUCUGGCAUCGUUUUUCCACGAGCUUGCCAAUGACGACAGCAUUUUACCCACGGCGUUGACGCUACGCAAAAGAUGCUUUCACCUUCUACACAGGAUCUAUUCAGGCCAUCAGGUCCCCUCGGCACUCCUGAAAUGGCCUGUAUUAUCCGACAUCUGCCAUUGCUUUCCCAAAAGCGAACAGCUGCGAGCUCUUCUGAGUCAGCUGUGGAAGAAAGAAGCUGAUGUCAUUGAGAAGAACCUUCAGCUGGCCAAAACCUCUUUAAUCAAGAAUCUUGAAUCGAAAAUGCCGCAGAAUGCAGAAGACACGUUGAACAAGCUUGUCCCUUUGCUAAGAGUAUCUCCUGAAGCCGGCACGUACAUGCUCACCGGAUCGGACUUCAUGGACUCGUUAAACGCCGCGUACUCUAAUGUUUCCUCUGAUAUUCAGGUGAAGCUUACUGCGACUGCUUUCUUAGGCUUGACAGCUUUGUUAGAAGGUCCCAAGCCCAGCCUGUCUACUUUAUCAGACCACCUGUACAGUCUGAAGACUAAUGGGGAACGGCAACAGAAAUCGGCUUCUACGCAAGGGUCGCUUGUCGCAAGUCUGGUCACCAACACGCCUUUCUUAGCUAAAGUCCGUGAUAGGGCUACUGUCUUGGAAGCCACACGAGUAAAGAACUUUGCUGCUGAGCUUAGCGUUUUCCAACAACCGUCCAUCGCUCGGCCUCGGAAACUUGUUCGGCGCAAAGUUGAUAAGGGUAAAAAUAAACAAGUUACUCAUGACCACCCGUCUGAACAUAUGCAUGUUCAUCGUAUGACAUUGAUCAGCCAGAUCCAAGACCUUUUCCCAGAUCUUGGGUCCGGUUUCGUAGCCAAAUUACUUGAUGAAUAUGACGACGAUGUCGAAGUUACUACUGCACAUCUUCUUGAAGAUUCUCUGCCUCAUCAUCUAGCCAAUGGUGAUCGAAAUGAGCAACUGCCCACCGUUGAAGCCAGCGCUAUUCAACAGGUUCCCCAGUCUGAGCCACCACCGUCCAUGCGCCGCAACGUUUUCGAUAAUGAUGAACUUGAUCGACUUGCUGUCGAUGCCUCGCGGUUGCAUCUCGGCCGGAAGAAUCAACAGCUUACAGCCGAUAAAAUACUGGAUAACCGACACGAUGCCCCUAGCAAGUCCGCUAUUCUCUCUGCCCUUGCAGCAUUCGAUUCAGAUGAUGAUGAACGUGACGAUACUUAUGACGUUGAAGAUGUCGGUGGCACGAUUGAUUCUACUGCCGACGAUGCGAAUACGCAAGACAAGAACGAAGAAGCCUUGUUCAAAGCCUAUUCCACUACGCCUGGAGUGUUUGGUCGGGAUGCAGCGACGAGAAGAAGUACCGCUAGGACAGCAUUGAAGUCUGAAACAGGCAUGACCGACGAAGCCAUCGAAGGAUGGAGCAUCAUGAUAGGCCGAGACCCGAAACGCCUCAGGCGGCUGGAAGCCAGAUUCGCAGCUUUCGCUGGCCAGCAAACGGAAUUGGCAACCACCGCCUGGCGCGCAAGUCCCAUGGGUUCCGAAGGCGAGGAUACGGGAGGCGGUGGAAGGGGCGGUUCGUCAGGCAGGGGUCACAACAGAGGACAGGGUCGUGGCCGAGGUGGCGGAGGAAGAGGUCGCGGUAACCCUGCAGGCCCUGCCGAUGACAAACAGACUCAGGUUGCACGGCAAAGGAAAGACCAAAACAAAGGUUCCCGGGCAAACCAUAACCGGAGAGACCAGAGAGCGAAAAAACUGGCAAGAGGAGGUUUUCCUGGAUAG